CAUCAUUCGAAUUCCCAAAUUUCGACGUAUCCCGCCCCCCAAAAAACAUUUCUCAUACCGGUGUGUUGUUUCUGGUUCCAAUUAACUCAAAACUCUCUGGGCGUUUGAUUCGUGGGGUUUUCGAGGGAUUUGAAUUUCGUCGUGAAACAACCGCCGACUCACCACCACCGGCCACCAGUUUCAGAUGGAGGCUCUUUAUUCAAAGCUAUAUGACAAGUACACUAGGCUCAAGACACAUAAAGCUUCUGAAAUAGAGCACUACAACUUUGAUCAAGAACAAAAGUUCAAGACUUAUGUGUCUGCUGCAGAUGAACUGAUUGACCAUUUACAAAAUGAAAAGGACACAUUAGAUGCACAAGUCAAUGAAUUAAGAAAUGAAUUGGCCUCAAUCAGAUCUGCCAAGGAUGAAGAGCAAAAAAAGUAUGAACACAUGCUUUUAAAAGAGAACCUGAAAAUAAAAGAACUUUCAGAAGAACUUGAGAGGAUGAAUAGAAGAGAAAUUCAUUCAAACACUAACAAUGAAAUAGUUCCAAUUAAGCAAAUGUCAACUUCUCCUCUUUCUUCAAUCAAAACUAACAAAUCAUCAAUGAGAAAGAGACUUAGGAGUUCCAUUGAUGAACAUGAGAACACCUCACAAGAAGAAUCACAAAAUGAUUUAGUUAAAGAAAACAUGUUUUUGGGUGCUAUUCAUGAUGCUAAUCAGCCUAAAUGCUGUCGUCGAAGGCUUGGGAAUUCAGUAAAUGGAAGUGAUCCAAUUCAUGAUUCAAGUGGGUAUACAUUUAAUUUAGGAUACGUGAAGAAUGCAUCAGGAGAAGAGGAGCUUAUGUACAAAGUGUCUUCAUUGGGGACUUUUGAGAGAGUAGCACCCGAAUGGAUGAGAGAUGUGAUGUUAUUUAGUAAGAGCAUGUCUCGUAUCUUUUUCAAAAAAGUAUCUGCUAUCAUGAAGCUUCAAGAAUGAUGAUGAUGAUGAUGAUAUGUGCAAAGAGGAAAGAGCUAUGCUUGUUGUAGAGUUAAAAUAUUGUAUUAUUCUUCUGUUUUUUUACUUGAGUAGCUUAGCUUGCAUGUGAGGUUUCUUGUUAGGUCAUACUUUCUUUUGUGACCUUUUAACGCAACAAAUUGCUCUUGUUAUCUAUCCUUGUGUUUUGGAAGGAGGUAUCUUAAAAGAAAUGUAAGCGAGAAGAAGG